UUAUGGAGAUGGAAUAUGACUUUAAAAUCAAGUGACCCGCUUACUAUAUUUGCUGAUUUAUGCUAAACUUAAAAGAUCUUUGGUACAGUCCGAUGAACACCAAAUAACAUCUGCAGCUUUAGUACCGUGUGUAGUUAAUUUCGGCGGCAGGACAGGGUCCUGGCCAUAAUAAAUACACAAAAUAACAUUGAAAAUCCCUACCCGUUCAUGGAGUUGACCUGGAUAGCGGGUGUUGAAAGCAAUUCAUGCAAAACAAUGUAAAGGAAAACAACAGAACCUUGAUAAGUAGCUCACUUGCAAAAAAAGCUGUAUUGCCCUUGACUCGGUAUUUGAUGCAGUGUAAAUCCAAGCUAUGCUACGUGCCUACAUUCAAAUCAUAGUUAUGACAAUUUGACGAUCUUUAUACAACGAAAUUGAGCUUAAAAUUAUACAUAUAGGUUUAUUGGAAUGGAAACUGUCACUAAUAAUAGCCCCACCUAAAAUUAAACAUAACACUUUAUAUCUGAUGCUUUCAGUGAGAUGGCUAACUACGGAUAGAAGUGCUUCACCAGAAAUCUAUAUAAUAUUAUACUCUAUAACACUACCGAAGCCUACUCGUUUUCAUAUAGCAAUAAAUGACGUUAGUGUAAUGUCCGUUAACCUAUUGUUGGUCUAAACUUUAAAUUAAUGAUUUGGAUUAAAGAUCAUUUAUUCGAAUACCAUUUCUAUUUCAAUAUAUCUUCUAUUUUGUUCUAAACCAAGAUGGUAUUAAUAAAUGAAUUAAUAGGAAACUUUGGAAAAUAUCACUAUUGGCUUUGCUUCCUUAUAUUUAUGAGCAAAUUUGGCGUAGCAUAUCAUCAAAUGGCAAUCAUAUUUUUGGCACCACCACCACAUUAUCAAUGUCCCAGGAAUGAAACAUGUUGCGACGAUCCCAUUUAUGACUUAUCAGUGUUUACCAAAACUAUAGUAACAGAAUGGAAUUUAAUAUGUGAGAAUAUUUGGCUUAAAGACUUGACUCAAAUGUUAUUCCAGUUUGGUGUCCUCAUGGGCAGUUUUAUUUUUGGAGUUGCUUCAGACAAAUAUGGCAGGAAACCAACAUUAAUAAUAGCAGUAGUACUAGAAGUAUUCACUGGUCUCAUUUCUUCGUUCUUACCUGACUUUUGGAGUUUCACGAUUAUAAGAAUGUUUCUAGGCGUCGCAGUGGGUGGCAUCAUGGUUAUUGGAUUCGUAAUGGUCAUGGAAUACGUCGGAAACGAAAGUAGAGAUGUCGUUUCGGCUCUCUAUCAUGUACCUUUCACUAUUGGUCACAUGACUUUAGCCGUAUUUGGUUACUUUAUAAGGGAUUACAUGUAUUUUCAAUUAGCAAUAUCACUGUCGUGCAUUUUUUUACUAAUUUACAUUUGUGUGUUACCCGAAACACCAAGAUGGUUAUUAGCAACAGGGAAAACAUUUGAUGCAAUUAUAUUGACGACAAAGAUUGCAAAAAUCAACAAUUUACCAACUGAAGAAAUACAGCGUAAAAUAGAAUUGUAUCAAAUGGAACAUUUUAGUAAAAGGCAAAACAAAGCUACCGUGCUUGAUUUAUUCCGAGCCCCAAAUCUGAGGAGAAAUAUAUUAAUAAUGUCCUUUACUUGGUUCGUUAGCGGUUACUGUUACUACGGGAUCUCCCACUACAUAAGUCAUUUGACUGGAGACAUAUUCAUCAAUGUGAUUGCCAGCGGUGGAGUAUGUUUAUGUAGCUGUAUUAUUGUCAUUCCAUUAAUGAAGUUCAUGACCCGAAAAAGUAUGGUUGUCAUUGGAAACAUACUUUGCAGUAUUAGUUUACUGAUCAUAGCAUUUGUACCCGAAGGAAAAGUAUCCGUAGUUCUUGGAUGCUUUGGAGUACUAUUUUGUUAUAUAACAUUUAUUAUUGUCUAUUUGUAUUGUUCAGAAAUGUUCCCAACGGUAGUAAGGAAUGCUGCUGUUGGUUUCACUUCGGUGAUGGCUCGGAUAGGCGCCAUGAUUGCGCCUUUUGUGGCAGAUUUAAGGCCCUAUGGACAAUGGUGUGCGCCGGUCGCUUUUGGAGUUUUACCACUCUUAGCAGCUUUGUUUUGUCUUUUGCUGCCAGAAACAAAAGAUUGUGAAUUAAUGAUGACUAUAGAAGAAGGUGAAACUUUCAGUAAAGAACAGAGACUAAAAAGUCAGACAUUUUCAAGAGAACUUUCUUUUAUACGAAGAUUUACAAUGACUGGAAAUUGAAUUCAUCAGACUUAUCUAUCCAGAAGCGUAAUUUUUUAAUUCGUAAUUUGAAAAUCAAUUUAAUAUUCUGUAUAUCACUUACUACUACAUAGUAAUCUAGUAAAAUACUGCAAAAUUAAAUAGCAAUAUUGUCUAUGCUAAACUGUGCUACUUAAGUAUUAUAGUAUAUUAUAUAGUUAUUUGCAUCAA